AUGUCGAUCACGAUCGGGCGAGAUUCGCCCUCGGCUCAACCGGUCUUUUUGGAAUCGCCAAGCCUCCUGCCGCUUCCAGAAUCCAAAUGCAGCUUGUGCUAUUUACUUGAACCACCAUCCAUUUCAUCCUACUACCUAGUUAACUAGUCGCGUCCAUCUGCGAAAAUGGCUAGCAAUGCAGAUUCAACCAUCCAUCCUACGCCGGCACAUCACGAUACGGGACACCAAGGGCCCCACCACGAGCACCACCAACCACCGCCUCCUGAACCUCAUGUCAACCGACGGUCUUCCUUCUCCAUUUCCGUCCCAACUCCAGAUUUUAUGGAUGCUAUCGCAGGAGGGGCUCACUAUGCCGGUGGAUUGCCACCUACGAGUCCCGACCCUGUCGAUCACGAUUCUGCGCAACAUGUGAAGCAUCGGAGACCUGAGACUCUCGGUCCUGACAAUCCUGUCAUCCAGCAGGUGUAUCGGAGUGUUUUGAGUGACUUGGAAGAGAUAUAUUGCGGGAAGGUAACUCCAGAUAUCCUUCGACGUCGUUUCCGGCCGGACGCAGUAUUCGAAGACCCACUCUGUAUAGCUGAAGGAUGGGAUCAAUAUGCUGCUCAAUGGUUUGCUCUGCCAAAAGUCAUAUCGAAAUCUGAACGCGUCUCUACUCGUAUCAUAUCCGGGACGCUAUCUCCAAAUCGCGUGAUCUUUGAACAGACGCAGGUUUAUACAUUCCGGUUAAUCGGUCUUAAAAAGACAAUACCCUCAGUGGUCAUUGUCGACCUCGACGAAGACUUCAAGAUAACGCGCUUGGAGGACCAAUGGUAUGGCAAACCCCUCCCGAAACGAUGGGGCGCGUCGUUCCUUCGCAAAGUCAAUGCGAUGGUCACUCCUUGGAUCUUUAGCGUCCCGAAGCGAAAUGUAUAGGGUGGAACUAAAGGUUCCUACAUCACUUAUGGUCUUUUCAUUUCAUUGUCAUGUUGGACUUCUUUCAAUCAUCAAUUGUUGCACUAUUCUUUGGAUGGAUGAUGUCUACUUAUAUUGUGUAUCUCUGGCUCAACUCAAGCAAAAUACCAAUGUAACUUGUGUAUAAUAAUAGUAAUUCUAGGACUAUCAAAAAUACACUGCUAUGUUGUAUGGAACACCUCCUCAACUAUCCUG